GGUUGCAUGUGACCAAAAGGCAGCGGAAAGCCUUGCUGGAAGACUGCACAGUGAAGAGCAAGAGACUGAAGGAAGAGGGCAUCUUCCUGUCCGAGAAUGGAAGGUUCUGAUGAUCCUUAACGAGGUUUUCCAGGCCGUGCAGGCAGCGGAGAUGGCUGUGCGCUUAGACCCCCAGUGGUGGGAAGCCUUGCAGACACUGGGCCGUGCUCAGCUCAGCCUGGGUGAGAUAGCCAUGGGUUUAAAAAGUUUCCAGAGAGCGCUGCAUCUGUACCCAGUUGAGAGCUCGCUAUGGAAGGAUGACCUGGCUUGGGCACUUGAGCUAUGGCAGAGGCAACAACAGCUUGCUGAGUCUGUGCCCACACAGAGAGGUGCUUGGAGGAGGGAACCGUCCAGGCACCUGCCGGACUACGACUUUGAGAGUGAUGAACUCGUCGAGGCAUGUGCAGCUAUUGCGGAGAGGGACAGACAUCCAGCUGUGACAAGGACCAGCAUCUUCAUUACAGCAACACAGGGCACGGAGACUGUGACUGAGACAGGCAGUCAACCGAGACUGAGAGAUGGGAACUUCAUCCAGGCACGAUAGUGUCAGCUUCAGCAUGUGUCUGUCCCAAUCUCUGUUUCACAGUCUGUGAAUUCUCAAUGUUUGCUGCCCUGCCCUUGGUCUGUGUAAAGACAUCUGUCCCCUAUUGGUGUCAGUGGGGCCAGGUUUCUAUGUGAUCCUCCUUACCCGUACCACUGCGAAUGGUGUGCAGAUUAACCAGUCUCCCCUUGCUCUGUAUCUGAUGGGUACAGACUGCUCCAACUGGAGAGGUGGAAGGUGUGGUCCAGCCUCUUUAAAAUGGUAACAUUUGCAAUGAUUCAAGUUUGUAUUUUCCCUGUUAAACCCACAAUAUUCAUCUCUGAUGGGAUUCUCCCCAGUUAUUGACUAACGCUUGGGGUGAUCUCCCCAGUUCCUGACUGUCACUGGGGAGGGGAUCUCCCAAGAUUGUGAUCCCUUGGUGGUGAUCCUGCAGGGUACUAAUACCUUGUGGUGAUGUCCUUCUGAGAUUGAAAGCUUGGCCCUGCUCUGUCAGCUUUCUGGUUUGGGUUUUGUGAUAAAUGCUUUUCCCCCGUUCUCUGUCUACACAUUAACCUGGCCCACAAUGAUCAACUCUGAGUGGACAUAUGACCUCCAGACCCACUGCUCACACUCUCCAGUUAGUCGUCGGAUCCCCUGGAACAGUGUCUCAUAUUUAGUGAUAAUGGAUGAUCUACACAAUCUGACUGUACUGUACAGUACAUCCAGAAUAAAUGUUUGUGUUAUUAUUCACUGAG